CCCUGGAGGCUGCUCCUCGCCGCCUUGUUUUGGGCUCCGUGAGCCGAAAGGGGCAGGGCAGAAGAAGGCGACACAAACACGCCGCGGGAAGAGCGCGGCCCCUGCCGCUUCCUGUGUGCGCUUACUAGCGCGGGCUCAGUACUGGCGCGGGAGGCGGAGGCGGGCGGCGGCGGCGCCUGCGCGGUCGGACUCGGUCGACAGUUCGCAGGGGAGGAGGCGGCGGGAGGCGGAGGAGGCGGCGGCGGCGAUGGAGGUGAAGCGGCUGAAAGUGACCGAGCUGCGGUCGGAGCUGCAGCGGCGGGGUCUGGAUUCGCGCGGCCUCAAGAUGGAUCUGGCGCAGCGGCUUCAGGAGGCGCUGGAUGCUGAGAUGCUGGAGGACGAGGCCGGCGUUGGCGGCGCCGGGCCCGGCGGGGCCUGCAAGGCGGAGCCUCGGCCUGUGGCCGCGUCGGGCGGAGGCCCGGGCGGGGACGAGGAGGACGACGAGGAGGACGAGGAGGAGGAGGAGGACGAGGAGGCGCUGCUUGAGGACGAAGACGAGGAGCCUCCUCCUGCUCAAGCUUUGGGCCAGGCCGCGCAGCCUCCUCCGGAGCCCCCGGAGGCGUCAGCCAUGGAGGCUGAACCCGAAUCCUCCGACGCACCGGCGGAGGCCACGGCCGGGUCAGGUGGGGUAAACGGUGGUGAAGAGCAUGAGACCGGCAAGGGGGAGGAAGACGGGCCGGAGGAACGGAGCGGGGAUGAGACGCCGGGAUCCGAGGCACCGGGUGACAAGGCCACAGAGGAACAAGGAGAUGACCAGGAUAGUGAAAAGUCAAAACCAGCAGGCUCAGAUGGUGAGCGGCGGGGGGUAAAGAGACAGCGGGAUGAGAAGGAUGAACAUGGCCGAGCUUACUAUGAAUUCCGAGAGGAGGCUUACCACAGCCGCUCGAAGUCUCCACCACCUCCAGAAGAAGAGGCAAAAGAUGAAGAGGAGGAUCAGACUCUUGUGAACCUGGACACAUAUACCUCGGAUCUCCAUUUUCAAAUAAGCAAAGACCGAUAUGGAGGGCAGCCACUUUUCUCAGAAAAAUUUCCUACCCUUUGGUCUGGGGCAAGGAGUACUUAUGGAGUAACAAAGGGAAGAGUAUGCUUCGAGGCCAAGGUAACACAGAAUCUCCCAAUGAAAGAAGGCUGCACAGAAGUUUCUCUACUCAGAGUUGGGUGGUCUGUUGAUUUUUCCUGUCCACAGCUUGGUGAAGAUGAAUUCUCUUAUGGUUUUGAUGGACGAGGACUCAAGGCAGAGAAUGGGCAGUUUGAGGAAUUUGGCCAGACUUUUGGGGAGAAUGAUGUCAUUGGCUGUUUUGCUAAUUUUGAGACUGAAGAAGUAGAACUUUCCUUCUCCAAGAAUGGAGAAGACCUGGGUGUGGCAUUCCGGAUCAGCAAGGAAUCUCUAGCAGAUCGAGCCCUUCUACCCCACGUCCUUUGCAAAAAUUGUGUCGUAGAAUUAAACUUCGGUCAGAAGGAAGAGCCCUUUUUCCCACCACCAGAAGAGUUUGUGUUCAUCCAUGCUGUGCCUGUUGAGGAGCGUGUACGGAUUGCAGUUCCUCCUAAGACCAUAGAGGAGUGUGAGGUGAUUCUGAUGGUAGGACUCCCUGGAUCUGGGAAGACCAAGUGGGCACUAAAGUAUGCAAAAGAAAACCCUGAGAAAAGAUACAAUGUCCUGGGAGCUGAGACUGUGCUCAGUCAAAUGAGGAUGAAGGGGCUGGAGGAGCCAGAGAUGGACCCCAAGAGCCGAGACCUCUUAGUUCAGCAAGCUUCCCAGUGCCUUAGUAAGCUAGUCCAGAUUGCUUCCCGAUCAAAGAGGAACUUCAUUCUUGAUCAGUGUAAUGUGUACAACUCUGGCCAACGAAGGAAGUUAUUGCUGUUCAAGACCUUCGCCAGGAAAGUGGUGGUGGUUGUCCCUAAUGAGGAAGAUUGGAAGAAGAGGCUGGAGUUGAGAAAAGAAGUGGAGGGAGAUGAUGUGCCUGAGUCUAUAAUGCUGGAGAUGAAAGCCAACUUCUCUCUGCCUGAGAAAUGCGAUUAUAUGGAUGAGGUGACUUAUGGGGAGCUGGAAAAAGAAGAAGCCCAACCCAUUGUUACUAAAUACAAGGAGGAAGCAAGGAAGCUGCUGCCCCCCUCUGAGAAGCGGACAAACCGCAGGAACAAUCGCAACAAGAGAAACCGGCAGAACCGAAGCAGAGGCCAAGGCUAUGUGGGCGGGCAGCGCCGAGGCUACGACAACCGGGCCUACGGGCAGCAGUACUGGGGGCAGUCUGGAAACAGAGGGGGCUACCGUAAUUUCUAUGAUCGAUACAGGGGUGACUAUGAUCGAUUCUACAGACAAGAUUAUGAGUACAACAGAUACAGAGACUAUUACAGACAAUACAACCGGGAUUGGCAGAAUUACUACUACCACCACCAACAGGACAGAGACCGAUACUACAGGAACUACUACGGUUACCAAGGGUAUCGGUGAAGCCCCUGCUGUUUUCACCUGCCAGCCAUGAAGCUGAGGCUCUGGGGAUGCCAAGCAUCCCCCAAAACACAACCAAGGAAAACAGGGGCUGUUGGGGUGGGGCUGAGCUGCCGGGGAGGGGUGGAUGGGGGGAGGGUAUGCAAGCAGGGGUGGGGGGGGGGAAGUGGAAGCAAAACGAAACUGUACAUUUUUUUUUAAAGUUUGUUGAAAAGAAUAUUGUCUUAUUCUAUAAAACAUUUCAAACCUAGUUAGGCUAUUUGUAAUCAAAAAACAUUUGCACAGAAAGCAGCACUUAGGGCUGCCUGUUCUGUACCCUCCAGCACUCUUAAGGCAACUGGAAUGGUAGCCCAGCAAGGGAGAGUGGUGUGGGGAGAAGGGAACACCUUGAGGGAACUCUGCAUAGCAGGCAGGAGUUAGGGACAGAGGAGGCAGGAUUGGGGGCAGAGGGAGGGAGCGCCUGUGACCAGGGCAGUGAAAAUAAAUGAUUGGCUCUAUCAGUCACUUGCACCAGUUAACCGUUUGUAUUUUCAUUACCAACCCUUCUCUCUUGGGAUAUCUGAUCUGUUAGGCUGGGAGGCCCAAAUGUCCCACUGUCCACUUUGUUGUGCCUUUGUGCUGUCUGCCUAAGGCACAGAGACUGCUAGUUGGGUGGUUCUAUUAUAUAGGAUUCCCAGGCCAUGGGGACUGUUGGGGACUACAGAUCAGAAUAGUUUUUUUUCCCCCAUCCAUGUUUUAUGCAAUGAAUUCCCAUAAAGUCUGGAGGAGAGUGGGAACAUAGCCCUCAGUCUAAAGAUGGUGAUUUGCCAGGCCCUAGACGCUUUGUCUUCUCAGUUGAUAGAGGCGCGAGAUCUCUAGAUCAUUUGCUAAGAUUGCCGGCCUCUUUUAGUGUGAGGGAAGGAAUGGUUCUCAGGGUUUCCGCUCACAGAAACGCAGCAAGACGAUGUUCACUGCGUCAGGAUAUGUAUAUAGGUAAAUCUGUGGUGUGGGCUGUCAGGCCCAGGUGCUGAGAAUAGCAAAUAUUUUAUACAGUGGGGGACGCUGCCCUGCUGCUGUUGUUGUUUUUGUUUUUGUUUUGAUACACAGAUGAGAGUGAGUAGAAAAGGGGGGGCAGCUCAGUAGGGCUGCAGAAACUUGGGAAGACUGUGUGAAUGUGUGUGUGGGUGUCUGCAGGGGAGCACCUUUUCCCAACUUAACUGAAACAGGAUUCCUUCUGGGGUGUUUCCUUGUAAGCCCCAGAGAGGCCUUUCACCUUUUCCCAACUUAACUGAAAGAGGAUUCCUUCUGGGGUGUUUCCUUGUGAGUCCCAGAGAGGCCUUUCAUCGAGAGACUUCAUUUGGGAUCAUUAAAUUUGUAACUUUACCAACACCCUCCCAGUUCUUGACAGAACAACUACAGGUUGCUGGGUUCAAGAAUAUGGGCAGGAUAUGGCAAUGCUCUUUUAAUACUGAGCUUCAAUUUAAAUCAUCCUGCUUAGCUAAAGCUUACUCAGCAGCAGCAUCCUACAGUACUUCCUGGUGAGAGAAACCUCUGGGCUGUGCUACUAGAACAUAUUUCACAUCCACUUCCUCACCUGAGCAUUUAGUUCUCUUGUUUAAACUUGUGCUGAGAUUUGGAUCUUCCCUGUCCUGAUGUCCUUUCUGUGCAGUUCUUCUCUGGGUGUUCAGACCCUUAUUCUGACUCUCUGGUCUGUUAGGACUCAACCUUCUAUUCAAGGACCUCUUUCCAGAGGUCAUUUCAGGCCUGGAAGGAGACAGCUUGCUCCUGUUGUCUUUCCUAUCGUACCUGUCCCUUACGGUGCCACAAGUGGGUUUGUGUGUUACAGUGGGUGGAAUGACUGCAUGUAUCUUUGUAACUCACUGGCAUCAUUAAGGGAAUUUGAGAAAGCUUUGUUUAUAAUGUCAGGGCAAAAAGGUAAAAACUGGAGCCCAAAGAAAUCCCCUUAGGAAAAGAUUAUGUUAUAAAAGAAAACUUAGUUUCCAGAGGCAGAAGCUGACCGUUCAGAUAUUCAGUCCUCCAACAAAUAACACUUUUAUAGUAGUCUGUGACAUGGAUUGUGGAUGGUUGGACCCACGGAUGGGGGCAUAAACUUAACACUGAAGUUUGGAGCAAUGGGUUAGAGAGUAUACUUAUUAUUAAUUUGAUAAGUCUUCUUUUUAAAAAGCUGUUUUUCUAACUGAAUGGAGAAUAAAGCUGCCACAUCCUUGUUGGGUCUGUCCAGGAGGUCUCUUGCAUCAAAGUGAAUGUCUGCAUUUUUUUUUCUGUCUUGUGUUUUUAUUAUGAAAAGAAAUGUUAUGGUGGGGGGGGGGUGGAUUAUGGUAACAGGAGGGAACCUGGCUUUGUUUCCCUUAGAAGACUUGUUUAGUGUUUUAUCAGACUUCUGUUGUAGUUGUAGAUGGAAAAGCUUGUGAGAAAAACACCACAUGGAGCCUGUAAAUGUUUUUGCACAACCUGUAAAGCAUUCUUGGAAGUGGCCAGUAAAAAAAGAAAAAAAGGGUUUUACCAUUUUAAAAAAAAAUGUAACUGUGUCAUUGUUUACAUCUGUAACUCUUCCCUGUUCUCAUUACAUCAUUCUGGCAACAAAUGUAGGCACAGUAGUUCCAGUUUUAGAAUAAAUGACCAUUUGGAUUGAA